CAUGACCACCAUCACCACCACCACCUUUUCGCUCCCCAUCACCAAGACCUCACCAGAACCAUGUCCACGGGAACUGGCGCCUCGGCCAAACGCACGGCGCUCACUCACACCCGUCGGCUGCACGUCACGUCAACUCAGCGUCCGCGCCAAGCCCAAUAUGCUGCCGAGCUUCCACAGCUGCAUGGCCACCGCCAACACGCUUGUCGGCGAACAGGGCUGUCACAUCCACAAGGAGUCAAGCUCGCCGACGCCACGCGCAGCCACCCGGUAAUAAAAAGCCUCCCGCCGCGCGCCAGCGUCGCAAGCCUCGAUUGCCGAUCGUGGCUGCCUCCCUCUCGGCAGGAAGCACCUCGCGGCACCAAGAGAUGAGACAUCUGCGGCUCCGAGCACAAGACAGCGCUCUGCUGGUGAUGCCUCCGUCGUCGACAUGUUCAACCCACAAGAGCCCCAUGUGUGGCUUUCUAACGAGCCGAUGACUGAGGAGGAUGGGCUCGCAUCUGCGAGUCCUCCUGUUCUUCGGGUACAUGCGCCGUGAGGCACCCAUCACUCAUAUCCUUUCCCCCAUCUGGACAUCCCCCCCCCCGGUCGCGCCGCAUCAACGUCAUGGAAGCCAUGCGCUUCUCUGUCAGACUCGUCUCCCAGACAGCCACCGCGAAACGUCUCGGGCCCUUAUGUCGCGAAGAGCCCGAGCCGUCUUGUCAAGCGCCCACGUCCCAUUCGCCGGAACCUGUGCCGUUGGAGCUUCACCCCCUGCUGCCAUCCCAUCGAUCGCCACGCCUCCCUUGCCUGCCGAGACAGCGGGCGGAUGCAACAUGACAUCCGCGCUUCCGAACUUUAUGCCACGACGGCAACCGUUUCUUUCUCCAUUGGCGCGGUUGUCGAUGCCGCCUUCGGUCCGAAGCCUGGCUGGCCUUGACGUUCUCCAGUUUGUCCCCCGCGAAACCCACUGGAACCCGCCGCCGUCAGAUUAGGGCGUGGGGAUGUCGGGGAUCCAAGGAUAGUAUCCUCUUUUUCUCACAUGGUGGCUCGUGUUCAACGCCUACCCCAGCUGGAACUUAAUCGUCGUGGUGUUCAGCAAUCUUGGUAGGAGCAGUCGGAGUACGCUGAACGCUUCGGACGUUGCCAAAUGCGGUACAGCAGGCGACAGAUUAGACGGCAAAGAAUGAACUUGUUACAUCCGCUCGACCAGCGACGUUCAGUCACGCGCACCCCUUGUUCCAAUCCCCAUGGUGCGGGAUCUCCAGGUCAAACAGUAAACGGCUGGAGAAACCCCAGACUAAGUUAGUGAGUCAGGUCGUGUCGAUCUCUUGUCGCAAGCGGCUCGCGCGGCCGCGGCCAUCCUUCGGCGCUUCUGACAUUGACAUAUACUAGUCCUGGUAGAAUCGGAUGUUCAUGCCGAUCCCGCGUGGUUGCAUGUUUCGCCAUUGUUUGCCGUGUAGAAUCCGUUGUUACUCAGGAUCUCGGUGCUGGUUGAUGGGCAAUCCUAUAAAGACCCCGCUCGGAACCUGGCCGGCCUCCGAUUCAUAUUGUCGUCCAAUUCCGUAUCACGACCACGCACCAGGCCUCACCAGAUCCUGUUCACGCAGGUCCCAAGGCUCAAGAUGGUUAUUGGCAACAUCUAUGUCAUCGCCGCCGUCGCCGUGACGGGCGGCGGCCUCUUCGGUUUUGACAUCUCUUCCUUGUCCGCGCAGCUCGGCGAGCAGGCGUACAAAUGCUACUUCAACCAAGGACCUCACGGACCGCCGUUCGACAACGAGCUAUGCAGCGGUCCUCGCGAGCUGGUCCAGGGAGGUAUCACGGCGUCCAUGUCCGCGGGAUCAUGGCUGGGGGCCUUGAUUUCGGGACCUCUGUCGGACCGUCUUGGCCGAAAGUAUGCCAUCAUGGUGGGAUGCAUUAUCUGGAUUGUUGGUUCAACCAUCGUCUGCGCGUCGCAAAACAUUGGAAUGCUCAUCGUCGGUCGCAUCAUUAACGGUCUCUGCGUCGGUAUCGAAUCCGCCCAAGUUCCCGUCUAUAUUGCCGAAAUUUCCCCUCCGUCUAAACGUGGACGCUUCAUCGGCAUGCAGCAGUGGGCCAUCACAUGGGGAAUCCUCAUCAUGUACUAUAUUUCCUACGGCACCUCCUAUAUUGGCGAUCAGACCGCGACUGGGUGGAAGGCGGCGGCUUGGCGUAUCCCUUGGGCCCUCCAGAUGAUCCCCGCGAUCUUCCUCUUCUUUAUGAUGAUGCUGCUCCCCGAAUCACCUCGCUGGCUGGCUCGCAAGGAUAGGUGGGAGGACUGUCGCGAAGUGUUAGCGCUCGUGCACGCCAAAGGUGACCGCGAUCAUCCCUUUGUUGCGUUCGAGAUGCAGGACAUCAAGGAUAUGUGCGAGUUUGAGAGGCGGCAUUCGAACGUUACGUACCUUGAUCUGUUCAAGUCCGACAUGAUCCACCGCACAUUUAUCGGGCUUUUUACGCAAAUUUGGUCGCAAUUGAGCGGCAUGAACGUCAUGAUGUACUACGUAACGAAUGUGUUCAGCAUGGCGGGCUAUACCGGCAACGCUGGUCUGCUGUCCUCCUCUAUCCAGUACGUCAUUAAUGUUUUUAUGACCAUCCCGGCCCUCCUAUACGUCGACCGCUGGGGCCGACGCCCAACCCUGCUAGUUGGGUCCGUCCUCAUGGCGACUUGGAUGUACGCCAACGCAGGCAUCCUGGCAGCCCACGGCAAGAUUGUCGAAGGCGGAAUCGACAAUGUUGCGGCUCAAUCGAUGAAGGUAGAGGGGGCAGCCGCCAAGGGCCUCAUCGCCUGCACGUACCUCUUCGUCGCGUCCUUUGCGCCGACUUGGGGCCCCGUGUCGUGGAUUUACCCCCCCGAGCUGUUCCCUCUGCGCCUCCGCGGCAAGGGCGUAGCUAUGGCCACGUCCGGAAACUGGGCUUUCAACGCGGCUCUUGGACUCUUCACGCCGGUUGCGCUGGCAAACAUUAAGUGGCGGACCUACAUCAUAUUUGGCGUCUUCAACACGGCGGCCUUUUUCCACGUGCUGUUCCUGUUCCCCGAGACGGCUGGCAAGACGCUCGAGGAGACGGAGCACAUGUUUGAGGACCCCAACGGCAUCCGCUACCUAGGCACGCCGGCGUGGAAGACGCGCAAGACCACGAAGGAGGUGAACCGCGCGGAGCAGGGCGAUAUCGAGGCCAAGUUGCGGACCGAGGACGAGAAGCCCCGUGUCACCACUGAGUAAAGGGGAGGUGGCACUGGGAGGAGUCUUCUGGGAAGCAGUUUUGGACAAGUCGCACCAGUCUGGACUAUGGGCAGUAGUGGCUGAUGCCGUAUGCGUCUGGUGCAGUAAUUCCUUUAGCUGAAUAUAUAUCAACUAUGCUGCC